GCGCAUGCUCCAGGCAGUGACGUGUCCAGAAAGUGUCAAACAGAAGGAUGUAAAAAUGAUCUAAAAGUCUUCAGAGAAACUUGAGGAGAGAUGUAAUGGUCACCAGCGUCUGCAGUCUGGAUAACUUCCCCUCUGGAGUCACCUUUAGGGUCAGCUUCUUAAGACUAACAAGGCUUCUGUAGUUGAGUCACGGAAAAUCGGUUUAACUCACUUUAGUACCCUCGUCAUUGACCGUCGAGCUAACUGAGUUAGCGACGGUUGGGCUAACCGGAGUAAAGUAGCAGCCGUUAUAAUGUUAACCGGAGGAACCGUCACUAACAUGUAGCUGAUGUUAACCUGAGAGUGUUAUCGUUAGUUAGGUUUCCAGGUUAGUUUCACCUCCUCCUCCCAUAGUAACCUCAGUAGCUCUCAGCCCGGGCUCCAGCCGGUGUCAGAUACCCGACAGAGAGAGGACCAUGUCUCGGAGGAGGCUGGACAGUCGGAGCGGGCUGUCUGCGGGGCUCCUGGGAGAAGUCCAGACCCCGAUCAGCACGGACCCCAUCGAAGGUGUUUAUGAAGUCACAGGAGAACUUGGAAGGGGGAAGUUUGCUGUGGUCAAGCGCUGCGUGGAGAAAGUCACGGGGAAGACGUUUGCUGCCAAGUUCCUCCGGAAGAGGCGGCGAGGUCGUGACUGCCGCGCAGAGAUCAUCCAUGAGAUGGCCGUCCUGGAGACGGCCCGUAACAACGCCCGAGUGGUCAACCUGCACGCUGCUUAUGAGACAGACCACGACAUCGUCUUAGUGCUGGAAUACGCUGCAGGUGGAGAGAUAUUCGACCACUGUGAUUCUGACGAGCUGCUGCCCGAGGCCCAGAUCACACGACUGAUCAGACAAACACUGGAGGGAGUCCACUACCUCCACCAGAGCAACCUGGUGCACUUAGACCUAAAGCCUCAGAAUAUCCUCCUGACCAGCCUGGCCCCUCCAGGAGACAUUAAGAUUGUAGACUUCGGCCUGGCACGCAGACUGGGUGCGGUCGGGGAGCUCCGGGAGAUUCUUGGCACGCCUGAGUAUGUGGCUCCAGAGAUCCUGAAUUAUGAGCCCAUCACCACAGCCACAGAUCUAUGGAGUGUGGGCGUCAUUGCCUACAUGCUGGUGACAGGCGAGUCUCCGUUCGUCGGAGACGACAAGCAGGAGACGUACCUGAACGUGUCCCAGGUCAGCGUGGACUACAGCAGGGAGGCCUUCUCCAAGGUGUCCGAGCUGGCUGUGGACUUCAUCCGCAAGCUCCUGGUCAAAUCACCAGAGGACAGGCCCAGCGCUGCAGAAUGUAUGAGCCACCCCUGGCUGUGGCAGCAGUUCUACGUGACUCCUGAGCCCACCACCACCCGCACCACCCAGAGGAGCUGUGGCACCAAGUGGGCGGCCCCGCCUGAAGAUCCUGAAGACAAGGAGAACUUCCUGGAGUCUCCUCACACAAAAAGGUUUCGCUCUGAGGAGGAGACACCAGCUGGGGACUAUGAUGUUUGAGUUCCUGUAAAAAGGGGAAGACAGGGGGACACAUCUCCCUCUGAGCUUUUAGAUUCUUUUAAGCUUCCAGAAAACCAGCGUCCCGUCCCUCAGAAGUACCUAUUUACUUAAUUCCAAGAUCGACCACACAGACCAAAGAUGAGCGGCGACAUCUUGAGAUCUGUCGCUGUUAAAAUGUGUGAAAAUUGUACAGCACGUCUGAGCUAAUACAGUGUGUGUAACCCUAAGUAUUUAAUACCUUUCUUUGUUAAGUCUCUGGUGUUUUCUCAGGGCUACUGAAGCCCGCUCUGUGUUCAGUGCAGCGCUAUGCUGAUGAAGGCUAGUGUCGAGUCAUUCUAGGGAAAUCUAUGCAAUACUUCUCUGCUGCGUUUUAUCUUUUUGUGUAACUUGAUAACAUUCUGCCUUAAAGCUGCAGGGUAAGUGUUCUUAGUCACCAGCACAGCUUCCUGUGUAGCUGCACUCAUGCUCCAGAAGAGAUACAUAGACUGUAUUUAUCACUGUCCGUGCGUACAAAGCACAACGAAGUCAGAAAAAAGGAGAUGUGGAGAUAAGCUCCACUGCAAUGAGGAAGUGUGAUCAUGUUUUUUUUCAUGUUGCGUUACAGAGAAUAAGGGACCGUGGGACAGCAGCUUCACGUGUCUCUACUGCUGUCUCAUCACAGCUAACUGUCUGCCGCAGAGAGGCUGAAUUACACCAACAUUACAUUCCUAAUAAGUUUCAUUUAUUCAAAAACAUUCAUCCUCUCUCUGUCUGCAGGAACACAAGGGUUUCAUGGAGCUCAGGGUUUGACAUGCAUCUUAUUUCAGUCACUCAGACUCCAACACAGCCUCCUUAAAACAGCUGACUGACUUACACCUUUAAUAAUGAGCUUGAAUUUGGGUUUUAGAGGAAACUAAUUGAAGCUGAAAUCCUGUAUCCCCAAACGUGGGCCCUAGUUUCACAGAUCUUGACAUAAAAAAAAUGACUAAUAUUAAUUUAUAAGUGUGUUCUCUUGAAGGUCAACAGACUCUGUUGACAAAUUCAACAACUUUGCUCGGCCACCACAGCCUUCGUUUGUGUUGUGUGACUUUGUUUUAACACACUAGUCGUAACUUUCAGCAGCACACAAACUGAAGGCAGAUAAGAGCUGCUGUAGACUUUAUAACCUGAGCUCUGUGAGGUUACAGGGAUGUGUUUGUCAGCAGUGUUUGGUAGUGUUCAAGAGAGCCAUGCAAAGUGGGGUUACAGUCCAUUUUGUAACUGCUGGCUGAAGAAACUCACCACAGUCAUUUCUAAUUUUUGUACCUGUAAGAUAUUUUAGACGUAGGUUCAAAAGUACUGAAACAACCCUCUGACUGAAGGGCUGUGAGUGGACAUGGCAUUCACAGCUUCACAGUAUGAUAGAAACUUAAACCUGUAAUGCCUCACAAACCUGAUACAGUCAUACCGUCGUUCACAUGCCACACCCGCACUUACUCAAAGGAUUUCCUCAGCGCGCUCUGAGUUCCUCUUCGUCAGCGGACAGAAAUGAAACAGCUCUAGCACUUACUUCAUGAGCACACAUACGGAGCUGAUAAGCAGCACGGGAGCUAUUUCUGAAAGUCUGUUUGUUUGUGAGACCUUGAGAGGUUCUCUGUGUGUUCCAGUCCCUCGCCAAAGCCAUGCAGUGUGCUUUCAUUACAAAGCUGCUCUAUUCCUCCGGGGUCAGGCUGCAUGAAGUCACUCACUCCUGAUGAUCUGCUCUCAGGGCGUGCUGCUCGCUCUCUGCUCACUCUGCUUGUCUUAACGGUGUUCUUACAGGCCGAUUAUUAUUAUUAUUAUUAUUAUUAUUAUUAUUUAUGUGCUGGACGUAUACUUUAUAUUUUAUGUAAAUAACGCUCACGUGUCUGGAGGAGGUGUGGAGGUGGUCACGCUGUUAUUGGAGUGAUAAAGGGAAAGCUUCAGAAGGUGAAAGGAAGGAUCAGUUUUAAGGUGGUUACUCGGAAGUUGAGCUCAUGUGGACAUGGACGAUGAGUCAGGUGGUUUAAGUAAGGAGGAAGAUGAUUAAACACUAUAAAUGAGUCAGGAAUGUGUGUACAGGAAGUAUUUCAAGGAAUAGUUCAACAAUUUUGGAAAUAAAGGAAUCAAUGUUUCUAUUUCUUUGCAGGGGAGUUCUAAUAUUUCUUGAACGUUGGGCCAAAUGAGGAAGAUAAAAUCUUUGAAUUGCUCCGGUAGAUUGCUUCAGCCUGCAGCCAUGAAACAGGCGGUGGUGCCAUUAAUCUCAGACAGUUCUUUGAGAUGGUUUUGCCACUGAUGGGCUCAGAUUGUUCAUAGACUGUCUGAAGACUGUGACAAAAAAAUCUAGACCACUGUGUUGAGGAAAGACUCAAACUAAAACCACAACCAGCCUUGACCCCUCUUCACUGACAAACCAGACUCCACUUUUUAUACCACAGUGCACUGAGUCACUGGUUUACUGCAUUCAACAGAUACUUACUUCUCUGUAACAGUAACCAGGUUCAGUGGCGGCAGACCAACAACUCCUGAGAUCUGAGGAAAACCUAGUCGUUUUGUGAAUGGAGUGUGGUGUCCUUGACGAGCGAUGUAUGGGCUGUUUCUGGUUUUAAAAAACAUCUUUACACUUGAACAAAAUGUCUCUAUUAACAUUAUUUAUUGAAGCAGAGCUGCAGACACUAAAAGUAAUGAUCAGAGUCCAUUUGUGGCUAAAAGAAGCACAUUAAUGUGUUGACUUUGAAGAGGAUGAUUUGUCUUAAAAGGUCAAUCAGCCUGUUUCUCUGCUGUUGGCUGAAACAACCUGCUGGAACAAAGUCAAACGUCUUAGUGGCUGUAAAUCACGAAGAGCCCUGAAAUAUACAUUUUUAAAAAGGGUCCAAGUUUAAAAGAAGUACUGGAAGCAGAGUCGUGAUGUUGGCAUAUAGAUAUGUAGGAUGAAGGCUUUUAGGCUGAUGACGUUCAGAUGGUGAAGUUUCAGAUGAAGCGUGACAGAUCAUGUGAAACAUGAGGUGCUGUCGAGUUGCAGGAUUUACCACCUUUGUCUGAGUGAAACCCUCACCUCCUCUAACGUGCAGCGCUGGCAUCUCUGAUUGCUCUUAAUCUCCAGUGAAACAUUCCUCUCUCUGCUCCGAGGUGCCGAGCACAAUGAGACCACAUUGUGUUUGUGUUUGUUGUUGUCACCAGCUGGUACAAUGGCCUUUGUGCGGGAGAUGGGCGUCUCCAGCCACGACCAUGCUCUCAUCCUUAUGCUGUCAUCCUUAAAAACUGGAACACCACACUGUAAAAGAUUUUCAUCUCACAGAGUUUAAUCUCAUCGAGCUUUCAGUGUUUUCUUUACUGCGCGAAGGUAAAUCUGCUUCAUAGUGUAAUGUAUCUCUUAAGCUGGAAGAAAAUAAGCUUGAAACUUCAUCUCAGUCUCCUCUGCGUGUAUACCUCUGCAAACAGGUGACAGCAUCUUGAAAUGAUCUCGAUUCAGGCUGAAAUAUCACAACUUGAUGUGAGACUUGUACAUUUCUGGAGCUCCACAGUGACACAUUCUGUUCCCUGUUGCUGCAGCGCCUGUGAAAACAAGAUUUAAGAGUUGUCGAGUCACUUCACCUCAAUAGAAGAUGGACUUGUUUUGCAGUGCAGUGAUGUCAGGGAUCUCACUUCGCAGGAUGACGAAAUGCACAAAUGAUUUGGGACAAAGUGCUGGCAUUGUCUGCCUCCUUCCGUCACUUGAACACGACUUCUGCUGUGGUGUCCGUUUUGUCAUUUUGUACAGCUAUUGUGCUGUCAUCUUCAGCAGCUAGUCACUCGGUGGCCUCUGUGUGUGUGUGUGUGUGUGUGUGUGUGUGUGUAAGUGUGUGUGAAUGUGUGUGAGUGUGUCAGUGAUCAUUGUCUGGCACUCGGAUGAUGAUCCUCUAUAAAAACAGAGCACUAGGUAACAUUCCUGUUUUUUCUGCGUGCCCACAGCGAGACUGAAGGAAACUGUAGUUUAAGUCAAAUCCGACACAAGCACAAGCAAAUAAAUGUUCAAGAGAUGUUUGUUUAUUUUGCAUUUUAUAUUUUUUUAAUGUAUGAGCGUUCCGAUUGCAUCUGAAAUUACUAAAAAAAAAGACUUAUUGUAUUCUGAUCAACUGCAGGCUAAUAUAUAUAAGCAUCACAAAGCAAACUGAAGAGCUCAUUAAAGGUUGUAGAAAUAC